CAAAAUUACCAAUCCCCUCUAGAAGACGACACGCCCCCCACCGGCCGGCGGCGAGGAAGAGGAGGAGAAGAUGGCGGCGGCGGCGCGGGGGCAGAAAGCGCUGGCGACGCUGGUGAAGUCGUUGCGGAGCGAGCCCAUCUCCAACGCCAACGCCCCCAGGCUCAGGCACCUCCCGUCUCUCAGGAGGACCUUCUCGCUCUACGACCAGAUCAACCUCAUCGACAGCGUCCCCGAAGACCAGCUCCGCUUCCAAUCUUACGAUGACACUGGAUUCAAGAUUAACAAUGUAAAGUAUGAAGGGAGCUUGCUGAUAGUAGAAAACAAGAUAAUGACCUGGACACCCAAAACAUUUGCAGAGAUAACUGCUGAAAGUUUAUCGAUCUUCAAAGUUGUGCAUCCAAUCCCAGAGAUUCUAAUUCUUGGUUGCGGGAGUCAAGUCCAGCCGGUCAGUCCUGAGCUGCGCAAGUUCAUUCGGUCAACUGGGAUGAAACUGGAAGCCAUUGAUUCGAGGAAUGCGGCUUCAACUUAUAACAUUCUGAACGAAGAGGGGAGGCCAGUUGCGGCCGCAGUUCUUCCAUUUGGAGUCACCUCUUGAAACAUGAGCAGAAACGUUGAGUCUUCCCCUUGGAGUCAAUAGAGCUGACAUGAGAACUCGCCUGUAUCGGUAUCCGAACAUGUAACAAUGACAAGUGUCGUUGUCCACUCCUCUUUUUUUCUUUUCUUUUUCCCUUUGGAAUGAUCACUUUUCUUGUAAUUGCAGUAGAGAAAAAACACAAGUUCCUAGCGUGCCUCAAAAUAAGGAGGGUCGUGUUUUGUAUUGGUCGUCGGGCGUUUGUUCUUGGGUCAUGUUGGUCCUCGGAUUCAUCCGUCAUGUUGUGCAGCCUUCCUCUGUUUCGUCUCUAGUCAAACAAAACACAACGAGUCAGUUCUUAAUUGCACGGUGCUUUCUCUCA